GCCAGCACUAAAGAUGUUCACUAAAGAUGAUCCGCGCGUGCGCGGAAGGGGCGGGGCCGGUCCGAAUUCUGGCGGGUACUGGCAGCGCGCGCUGCGGUGAGCGGGAAUAUUUUGUCUUGAGGGGCUCUUGAAGAAGUCCUGGUGAAACUAUGGACGCUGAUGAUGACUUGGAUCUGUUGGCUUCCCUCCUGGAAGAAAACGAAGCAACUGAGGAAAGGAAUUCUCCUGAGGAGGAAGAUGCUCCAGAGGAUGAGGGUGGAGAACCAGAUGAAUACGAUGAGCUCUUUGAUGCAGAAGAUGAUGCAUCCUACACUGAGGAGGUUGAUGCUGAGAACAGCAUGAUUGAUGAGGAGAAGGAGAACUUGGCUACAUUGUUCGGAGAUGUAGAUGACCUGCUGGAAGAGGAGGAGGCAGAGAAAGCUGUCCCCACUUCAGCUCCCAGUCAGGCAAAGGAGAAAACCAAUGAAGAACUGCAAGCUGAGCUGAGAAAAUUGCAAGAACAGAUGAAGACGUUACAGGAGCAGUUGCAGAAGACUGCUCUUGGGCAACAAUCCAGUUCAGGCCCUGAGAAGAAAACCCCUGGUAAUGAUGGUAAAUCUCCCUGUCUACCCUUAAAGGAAAGGAAACUUCAGAAGCUGCAAGAGUCACCAUGCUUCUCAACCCAGCUGGGCAAUCCUUUACCACCAGCCAAGCGAGGAAUGCAGAAAUCAAAAGCAUCCUCAGCAGAGAACAAGAUUCCUCCUCCACGGCAAGUCCUCAGUCUGGCGUUCCAGCCCCUCAGGUCUGCCGUAGGGAACACACCCAGUAAGGUGACCAGAGAGAAGACUUCUCACGUGCCUGCAUGCUCCAGUGCAACCACUCAGCCAGUGUCUGUGGAAAGCUUCUCAGGACUGAGAUUAAGAAAACCCCGGGUGUCUUCAGCUGAAAUGGACAGGAAAAUGGCUAACAGGAAGCUCAUCCGACUGUCACAGCUGAAGAACAAACUUGCUACUGAAAAUCUGGAGGAAAUAGACUGGGUCACAUUUGGAGUCAUAGUGAAGAAGGUCACUCCUCAGAGUGCAAAUAAUGGCAGGACCUUCAGUAUCUGGCGGCUGAACGACCUGCGGGACCUCAACGAGUGCGUCUCGCUCUUCCUGUUUGGUGAGGUCCACAAGGAGCACUGGAAGACUGACCAAGGCACAGUCAUUGGCCUGCUUAAUGCCAACCCUAUGAAACCCAAAGAAGGCUCAGAUGAGGUGUGUUUGUCCGUUGACCAUCCCCAGAAGAUCCUUCUUAUGGGAGAAGCUCUGGAUAUGGGCACCUGCAAAGCCAGGAAGAAGAAUGGUGAUCCUUGUGCACAAAUUGUGAACCUGAAUGACUGUGAAUAUUGUCAGUAUCACAUACAAUCCCAGUACAAGAAGGUCAGCUCAAAGCGGGCAGAUCUGCAGUCCACCUUUUCUGGUGGCCGCAUUCCCAAAAGAUUUGGUCGGAAAAAUCCCACUUUGAAGGAGAGGCUGUGUCAGGAUGGGUUUUACUAUGGAGGAGUCUCUUCAGCAGCAUAUGCUGCCUCAGUUGCAGCAGCUGCUGUGCCAAAAAGGAAGAUUCAAACCACUCUCUCCAACCUGGUCGUGAAAGGAUCUGAUGCAAUUGUCCAGGAAACCAGGCAGAAAAUUGGUGCAGCAAAGAGACCCAUGCAGUGUUCUGAAGAAUUCAGGGAACUGCUGGCACAGCCAACUUUCGGAGCACGAAAUCUCUGCAAACACUGGACCAAAACAGAUGCUGAAAAGAAGCAAGGGGCAAAUUUCCAGUCUAUCUCUGCUUCAGCACUGCUCAAGCAACAGAAACAGAAAUUGCUGGAGGCCCGAAAAAAGCGGUCUGAAGAGAUUCAGAGGCGGUUUCUUCAGAACACAGGUAAAGCCAGCACUCCUGCUCUCCCGUCCUCCUCCAGACAGACCUCCCUCCAUUCCCCAGUGCCUGGGGCGGAAUUUCCCAAAGCUGCAAAAAUAUCAACUCCUAAAAGGCCCAGGCUAGGUACAGGCUUCUCAGAAGGAGAAGAUAUCCUCUUCUUUGACAAGUCUCCACCUCCAAGGCCAAAGCUAGACAGCUUGGCAGAAGCCAAAAAGCUGGCGGCAAUACAACGACUACGAGCAAAAGGCCACAUUCUCUCUAAAACGGAUCCAAACAGUGUCAAGAGAAAACGGACUGAUGCUGAGGAUGUCCUAGAAAUUGUUGAACGAGUUGAGAAAAAUGUUGCUGAGCCACAAGGUGCAGAAGCAGACAAUGAAAUGGAUGAACUGGAACCUGCCCAAAAGAAACGGCGUGAGCAGCUGGCCUAUCUGGAGUCAGAAGAGUUCCAGAAAAUCCUGAAGGCCAAGUCCAAGCACACAGAUGUCCUAAAAGAGGCUGAGGCUGAACUGCAGGAGCAAUACUUUCAGCCACUGGUGAAAAAGGAAGAACUGGAAGAGAAGAUGAGGAACAUUAAAGCAGUGAAAUGCCGAGUUGUGACAUGUAAAACGUGUAAUUACACCUAUUUCAAGCCUCUGGAGACCUGUGUGCAGGAUAACCAUGACUACCUCUGGCACGAUGCCAUCAAGAGAUUUUUCAAAUGUCCUUGUGGAAGCAGAGCUAUUUCCCUUGACAGGCUUCCAAAAAAGCACUGCAGUAACUGUGGCCUCUUCAAGUGGGAGCGAGAUGGGAUGCUAAAGGAGAAAAAAGGCCCGAAGAUUGGUGGAGAAACGCUUUUGCCAAGAGGAGAAGAACAACCAAAAUUUCUCAAUAGUCUUAAGUGACCUGGAGUUGAUUUUUUUUCACAACAUAUGGAUGGAUUUUUGUGUCUGAAACACACAUUUAUACUGGACUGCCAAGAGGAUUCAGAUUUUAGUGAUGAAUCAGUAGGGGAAUCAGUUUUUGAUGAAAAUAUCAUCUGCCAAGUGUCCACCAGGCCACUUGGAUAUUGCAUGUGCAUGGAUAUUGAACUUUGAUAUUUUUUUAAUUGACUGAAUAAGACUGCAUGUGAAAUACACAUUCAUGCCUGUUCUUUCCAACUACCAACACAAGAGUGAUUUCACUAUUAGGUGACAGACAUCAUGAAUGGGAAUGAUUGUAGAUUCCAUAAGCACUUAUGAAAUUAAUACUCUGAUGUGUUCAUGCCAACCUGUCUUCAGCUCGUGGACAAAAAGGGGUGUGAGAGGGUUGUAGGCACAGAGUAUUCUCCAUUGGCUUCAAAAUUACUCAUUCUGAACCGUUAAGAAUAGAUGUCAAACAGUAGUUCUAUGCUUUUCCUUGGUUUACCUGUUAUAAAACUCUUCCAUGACUUUGGCCCUGCUAGCCAGCAGUGUUUAUGCUGGAGACACAGAGCUCCCUGUCCCCCAGCACCAUCCACACUACAGUGUUCUUGUGGCUACAGACCUGUAGCUCCCAUUUAAAAAAAAAAAAAUCAGUGAAUCUGGCACCAUUUUGUGAGUGGUUUUAAAGAGCUGAGUGAUUAUAUUUAAAAGCUUUUACGCUUUUUCUGGUGUUUUAAAGAGGAACAGUAGCUGUCUCAGACCAAGCAGGAUCAAAUCUCCCUCCAAGUGGUGGCUCCUGAGAACUGCUGUCACUGUACAGGCAUUUUUCUGACAGCACAUCUCUGUAGGAAUGCCUGGGGCAUUUAACCA